UCAACCCAUAGAGGGCCUCUUGGCAACUCGCCAGCAACUGCGACAGUUCUGACAAGUAAAAACAUGCCGUGAUAUGGCCGCUUGACAGUACGUCUGGGUUUAUUGUAUUUCUAUUGAGCACCGUGUUCGACAUAUCUUUAUGGAUAGUGUCUCUAGUUGAAGAACUGAAGCGUGUUAAGAAAAUCCAAGAUGGACGACGGAGGUUUUGACGAGGUUGACGCCACCAGAUGGACCAACGCUGCUGCAGCUACGACAUCCGCCCCAAAUUCAGAACGUGAGUUCCCGAGCAAAAACCUCAUCAGAAAGUUUCCGUGAGAUCACUUCCGGUCCAGUGAAGUACAAGCUGAACCGCCAACAGCGUGGCUUGGCCUUGAUAAUAUGUAACCUGAACUUCAGGACAACGAGCAGCCGAAUGGGAACCGACGUGGAUGCCGAGAGAAUGACGGAAACACUUGUCAGCCGCGGCUUUGACGUCGACAUGGUGCAAGACGUUACGGCGGACACUUUGCAGGCAUGUCUCAUGUCCAAAGCUGCAUCGGACCACAGCAAGCGUGACUGCUUCGUCUGCGUCAUCAUGACGCACGGCUCGGAGGAUCACGUGACGUGCACGGACGGGCGAACAGUUCACAUAAAGACCCUCAUCUCCUACUUCGCCGGCGGACGAUGUCGCACACUGAUAGGGAAACCGAAGAUAUUCAUCAUCAAUGCUUGUCAGGGCGACCAGGUGGACGAGGGACAAGAUGUCGCUGAUGCUGCAGUGUUCAGAGGAAAUGAUGACGAUGAAGAUGACGACGAGAGUGAUGAAGACCUUUUCCAGAACCUGCCAUAUGAGGUGGACUUCCUGUACAUUCAUUCGACGGUGCAUGGUUAUUUCAGCUACCGGAACACAAUGAACGGUUCCUAUUUUAUCCAAACCUUGUGUGACGUCAUGGAACAAUAUGGCGGCCAGCUUGAGAUCUGCAAACUCCUGACGGUGGUAAACAGGCGGUUGGCAGUCAAUUUCAAGUCGGCAGCCAGGCAGCAGGAAUUCAACUCAAAGAAACAGUGCUCUUGUUACUUGUCUUUGUUAAGAAAACAGUUGUAUCUGUGACGGUAUUCUAUCUUUGCUCACAGUCAGAUGGUCUUUGCGAAUUCUUUACAACAAACAAUUAACAGAUGCUACAUCUAUGUUGAGUUAAAGGUGUCACAGUCUUGAUCGACUGUAUCGAUUAAUCGAAAUAUCGAUGCGUCGUGAUCGGCCUUGUACAUUUUAUAUCAAUAAAAUAAAUAGGUAACCUUGGUGCUGCGUGUAAACUUUGCAGGUUUGUUCAAACUUGCCUAUGUUCACCCAGCAGAAAAUGGACGUACCCGAUGGGAUAGGCCGUGUGACCAUUAACCUUCUGGCGCCUCACAGGCACGUUAGGUUAUACGGGGGUAAUAAUAAUCAAGAUCGUAUAUUUGAGCAUAUUGCCUUGUAUAUGGAAAAGGCGCAUUAUAAAUUCACAAUUAUUAUUAUUAAGUAUCAAUGCAGGCAACCCUGUGAAAAUAUAACAGUA